CGUGGACUCCAUCAUGCUGGUGGAAGAGGGCUUCAGUGUGACAAGUGUGGAUGCUAGUGACAAGAUGCUGAAGUACGCCCUGAAAGAGCGCUGGGACCGGCGGCACGAGCCUGCUUUCGACAAGUGGGUCAUUGAAGAAGCCAACUGGAUGACUCUGGACGAAGAUGUGCCCCUGCCAGCAGGGGGUGGCUUCGAUGCUGUCAUCUGCCUUGGGAACAGUUUUGCCCACUUGCCAGACUGCAAAGGGGACCAGAGCGAGCACCGGCUGGCGUUGAAGAACAUCGCGAGCAUGGUGCGGUCCGGGGGCCUGCUGGUCAUCGAUCAUCGCAACUACGACCACAUCCUCCACACGGGCUGCGCACCCCCGGGGAAGAACAUCUACUAUAAGAGUGACCUGACCAAGGACAUCACGACGUCAGUGCUGACGGUGAACAACAAAGCCCACAUGGUGACCCUGGACUACACGGUACAGGUGCCAGGAGCUGGCCGGGAUGGCGCUUCUGGCUUGAGUAAGUUCCGGCUCUCCUACUACCCGCACUGUCUGGCAUCCUUCACGGAGCUGCUCCGAGCUGCCUUCGGGGGCAAGUGCCAACACAGCGUCUUGGGAGACUUCAAGCCUUACAAGCCAGGCCAGGACUACAUUCCCUGCUACUUCAUCCAUGUGCUCAAGAGGACAGACUGAGGGGGGCCUCAGCUCCGGCACCCUCUCCCAGGCGCUGCCAGACUCUGUCUGGGGAGGUGGGGAUUGGUGCCCCCUCAAGCCCAGCCCUGAGCACAGACACUGGCGCUGUGGGCAGGGCAGACUACAGCUGGGGCACAGGGAUGCAGGUUCAGGCAAACGGAACGGUAAACAAUAUAAUCUGUGCCUUUUUCA